UGAUUAGUACUUUGUCAUUUACGUCUGCUUAUGACCGUUAUGACCAUUAAAAAGGAAUUUUUACUUUCAUUUAAAGUGCUCCCGUUCAUUUUUAAACUAAUUGUUCAUACUUAAACUUAUACAUAUAUAUAUACAUAUACAUAUAUAUUUCAUUUACAUUGUAAUAAAAUUUAUCGGAGUAUCAAAUCAUAACAUGGUCAUUUAUAAUUCGUUGUGUUGGUGAAAUUCUACAUUAACUUCCUGUGCAUGGCGAUGCCUAACGAGCGUCAUUCAUCGUUUUGAGAGAGUGUAGUAGUUAAAUAAGCUUUUGCAAUUUUUUAAAUUUUGUGUGCAUCUGUUUAUUAAAAAGAAAAAAAGAAUAGUUUUAAAGUAUCCACAAAUAAAUUCUUAUAAACAUUUAGAAGCAAUUUUAGGGUGCACAAGCCUUCAAGGUAGGGGUGCAAAGACCCCAAGUGUUGAAAAAUGAUCAACAUGGAGACAGAUAAAAUUCUCGAAGAUACGAAUACAAAUAAUCCGUCUCGUAAAACUGGGUAAUUUAUACUGUCCACAGUACAUAAAAGAAUUUGCUUGAACAAGUGAGGCCAAGAACCACAAAAUUUAUAUUAUAGUAUUCAAUGACGAUAUUGUAUGAUCCCAGUCGUAAAAAAGAGCCAUUAUCUCAAACAAUGAAUCUUACAACCCAAUAUACUCAAGAACGGGAAAUGUGCAUGAAAUAUUUUGAAAGAUGGAGUGAACCAGAGCAAGUUCAUUUUGUAGAACAAUUAUUAGCACGUAUGUGUCAUUAUCAACAUGGUCAUAUCAAUACUUUCCUCAAGCCUAUGUUACAAAGGGAUUUUAUUUCGUUAUUACCUAAAAAAGGAUUAGAUCAUGUAGCAGAAAGUAUAUUAUCUUACUUAGAUGCUGAUUCACUUUAUGCAGCGGAACUUGUAUGUAAAGAGUGGUAUAGGGUAAUUAGUGAAGGAAUGCUUUGGAAAAAGCUAAUUGAGCGUAAAGUACGAACAGAUUCAGUUUGGCGAGGAUUAGCUGAAAGACGUGGAUGGAUUCAACAUUUAUUUAAACCACGACCAGGUGAAAAUUAUCGUGAUCAUGCAUUUUAUAGGAAUCUAUUUCCAAAUAUUGUAAAAGAUAUUGAAAGUAUUGAUAACAAUUGGCGAAUGGGGAAACACAAAUUACAAAAGAUUAAUUGCCGAAGUGAAAAUUCCAAAGGUGUUUAUUGCCUACAGUACGAUGACCAAAAAAUAGUUUCUGGUUUGAGAGACAAUACUAUUAAAAUUUGGGAUCGAAAUACAUUACAGUGUAUAAAAGUUUUAACUGGUCAUACGGGUUCUGUACUUUGUUUACAAUAUGAUGAUAAAGCUAUUAUAUCUGGCUCUUCCGAUAGUACAGUCCGAGUUUGGGAUGCUAAUACCGGAGAAAUGGUUAAUACUUUGAUACAUCACUGUGAAGCUGUAUUGCAUCUAAGAUUCAAUAAUGGAAUGAUGGUAACUUGUUCCAAGGACCGUUCAAUAGCUGUCUGGGAUAUGACAUCGCAAACAGAAAUUGCUUUACGUAGGGUAUUAGUCGGCCAUCGAGCAGCUGUUAACGUAGUGGAUUUUGACGAAAAAUACAUAGUGUCAGCUAGUGGUGAUAGGACAAUUAAAGUAUGGAACACUUCAAGUUGUGAAUUUGUACGAACGUUAAACGGCCACAAACGGGGAAUUGCGUGUUUGCAAUAUAGAGAUCGCUUAGUGGUUAGUGGUAGUAGCGACAAUACUAUCAGACUAUGGGAUGUUGAGUGUGGUGCGUGUUUGCGUGUUCUUGAAGGGCAUGAAGAAUUAGUAAGAUGUAUAAGAUUUGAUAGAAAACACAUUGUUAGCGGAGCCUAUGAUGGUAAAAUUAAAGUAUGGGAUUUAGUUGCUGCUCUAGAUCCUCGAGCACUUGCCAGUACACUUUGUUUACGUACAUUAGUGGAACAUACAGGACGGGUUUUCCGUUUACAAUUUGAUGAAUUUCAAAUAGUUUCUUCGUCCCACGAUGAUACCAUACUUAUUUGGGAUUUUCUUAAUUGCAAUGGAUCUGAAAAUAAUGCUGUUAGUAGUUCUACUGUACCGAAUCCACCAUCGAAUACUAAUCAAGCUGAUACCAGAUCUCCAUCCCCAUUUGAGUGACGUAUGAAAACUGAUCUAAUCAUUUAUUGUGAUACGAAUAUUUGUGGUAAAUAAGUGAAUACUUAAUGUAUUCACUUGGGAUCUGUGAAUAAAUAACAUUAGUGCCCAACAAAAAUGGAAUAAAAAAAUAUUAAGAUAAUGAAUUUAAAUGGAUAUUUAUUGAUCAACAAUGAAUUGAAUCAUGUAAAAUGCACAUGGAAUGUAAAGAUGAACUGAAUGUGAGAAAAAAUUUUUUUGUCUAUCGCGAAAUUAGAGAAAUUUGUCAUUUCUUAAUUAAAAAACCAACUUUUUCUAUUAUUAUACGUUUAAAUGACAAAAGAAAUUUCCCAAUCAGCAGAAGAAUAAUGGGCAAUUUUUUCAAAAAAUUGGAUAAAAUAUUAUACGUACAAGAUAACUAUACAAUAAGAUAAUGUAUUAUAGUAAAUUAAAAAUUUUUUAUGUAAUUAAUUUAUAGCGCGAAAAUUGUAUAAUGUGGAAUGUUUGGCGUACUUAUUCUUUGUAAAUGAAAUAUGAAUUGUGAAUGAAUUGUAUGAUUGUUCUGAUAUAAAUUUCUCUGAAUGAAUAAAUUAGCAAUUCAUUGCUAAUAUAUUACUAAAAUUUUCCACAUAAUAAUGAUGCUCUGCUAAUUAUUCAUUUUAUAAAAAUAAAUUUUUCA